AUGGAGAUUUUUUGUCGAAAUAUUCCCGAGCAAAUUCAAGCCUCGCACUUGAAAAAGGCGUUUCGGCCAGUCCUUGAACAUUUCUCUAUUUCUACGUUUAGCUGUCGAAGAGCAGGGAAGAAAAAUGCUUUCCUUCUUAUUCUUGAUAUCCAAAAAGCCCAGAAACUUUUAGACGUUCAUGGGCAAGAUGAAGCAAAAAAAACAAAUACCGCUAAGCCGUUGAUAUUGUUCCACCAGCGUAUCUAUUUGUCAAAAAGCCGACAUGCACCAGACGAGUAUGCACUUCGUGCGCUGAAAUUUGAAGAAGAAAAAAGGCUCGCCUAUCAAGCUCCCGUUAGGGGUUUGAAUCCACCCCCUUCCAGUGUUGUUUCCCAAAGCCGUGCUGUUCGAACCAUAUUUUUUCCCGUGACCACGAUGUCUUGUGGAAUUUGGGACUAUUACAGGGAAAGCCCAGUGUUCAUUGAAUAUUUUCGAUGUCCCGGUACUGGAAGAGUGACAUUUGGCAAAUCUCUCUUGCAGGUGGUGAUGCUCAAUGUCGCCCCGUCGACCGAAUUCUUCUUAAAAUCAGCCUAUUGGAAUAUCCAGGGCAUUCAUGUUGGCACUGCUGACCAAGCGUCUGUCACAUUCACUACAGACACCGCUCCCAGUUUCUUCAUAUCAGACCCCAUGGAAAAGCUAGAAUCACAAAUGAUGAUGCUGAUGAAGAAGCUCAGAAAACCACCCCCGGCAAAACGUAGAGUUGGUAAUUUCGGUGGGGAGCAUGAAAUCACUUCAGGAUCUUGCUUUACGUAUCGAUUUGAGCUACAGAACCGCCGAGAUGUACAUAUUAUUAAAGGUCUCGGUGGGGAUGGACGUAUCCCGCCGAUUGGUACGUGGGUCGACCGCCGCAUGAAUUAUGCCGCUCCUUUUAGCUUCAGCUGGAGUAAGGCGGAAUUCGAGAAGUUCUUGGAUACUGAAAACAUACUAUUUAUCCUCAAAUUUCAACUGGUGAAAUUGGUCUGGAAUGGAGAGAUCAGCCCGGACAAAGUCUCAAGACUAUAUCCUUCUAUCCAAAACUUCGUGGAUGUUCAUGGGGUUUACAAUACUGUGGAAGGGUUGAAAAUCUUUUCACAUAAACUGGAUUAUGCUAGCCCUGAUACGGAUGCGUCAGAAGUUGACGUCGAGGGGUUAGUGAAACUUCUAGGCAAUUGUAUUGAUCGAGUAACUUUUCAAGGAACUUCUCGCCUAACAAGUCACCCCAAUAAUGUCAAUGUCCAUCGCGCUCAGGUAACACCAAGCGGAAUUUAUCUCUCUGGUCCUAAUACGGAGACGAAAAAUCGCGUCCUCCGUCAAUACAGCGACCACAUCAAUUAUUUUCUUCGUGUUGAGUUUGUUGAUGAGACCGGGGAUCCAGUCUAUUUCGACCCGACUUCCUCCUUGGAACAAAUCUUCCAAAAUCGCUUCAAAACGGUUUUGAAAAAAGGUAUUGCUAUUGGGGGGAGAUGCUUCAGCUUUCUAGGCUUUUCUCAUUCGUCUUUGCGAAGCCAGUCGUGUUGGUUUGUAGCUCCGUUUACAACCGCAAAUGGUGAAAAUUUUGAUGCACAAAGUAUUAUAAAUGGUCUUGGCUCUUUUGGCCAUAUAUUUUCUCCCGCAAAGCUAGCUGCAAGAGUCGGCCAGACUUUCUCUGAAACCCAAAGCUCAAUACGGAUUCCUGAGAAUGCUGUUUAUCUAAACGAACCGGAUGUGAGACGCAAUGGCAGGGUGUUUAGUGACGGAGUGGGAACUCUAUCCUCCUCCCUGUUGUACAAAGUCUGGAGGGAAUAUGCCCUUCGGGAAAAAGUUAAGCCAACAGUCUUCCAGAUUCGCUUCGCAGGUGCUAAAGGCAUGGUUUCAUUAGAUAGUAGGUUAAAGGGGGAUCAGCUUAGGUUGCGGGAGUCAAUGGUGAAAUUUUCUGCAAGUAAAGCCUUUAACAUUGAAAUAUGUGGUUCUGGAGUCAGAUCACUUCCAUUUUACCUCAACGCACAACUGAUUAAGAUCUUGGAAGACUUAGGGGUGUGUCCAAUAGUCUUUAUGGAGCUUCAGAAGGAUGAGAUUAUACGCCUACGGUCAGUGCAGCACUCGAUCUCAAAGGCUGGACAGUUUCUAGAGGAGACAAGUAUUGCAAAGGGUGUGCGUUUGUCAUGGCUUUUCCAAAUCUUGCAUGGCCUUGACCUUCGCUAUGACCAUGAUCCUUUUCUGCGCACCGUCAUGCAGCUCGCUGUCUUUUUAAAAAUGCGAGAUCUAAAAUAUCGCGCUCGGAUAAGGGUACCACAAGCCGUCACUCUCUAUGGUAUCAUGGAUGAAACUGGCCUUUUGAAGGAGGGAGAAAUCUUUUGCACUUUUUUGACUGAGGCGGGUAUUCGCGAAAUCCUCGUUCGUGAUCGUAUCUUAGUGACACGAGCCCCCGCAUUGCACCCUGGUGACGUUCAGUAUGCCAAAGCUGUCGACGUCCCCGUUCACUCGCCACUUCGGAAGUUGCAUAAUUGUGUUGCGUUUAGCCAGCAUGGAAAACGUGACCUACCAAGUAUGUUGAGUGGUGGUGAUCUGGACGGCGAUCUCUAUAAUAUCAUUUACGACGAGCGCCUCUUUCCGCCGCGUACUCAUGAACCAGCCAAUUAUCCGAAGGUCGAAGAAAAAUUGUUGGAGCGGCAAGUUCAACGUGAUGAUAUAAUUGAUUUUUUCAUUACCUUCAUGCAACAGGAUCAAUUAGGCCGGAUAGCGACUAUCCACCAAGCUAUUGCAGAUCAAAUGCCUGAGGGUACUAACCAUACGGUCGUUGCUGACCCUUAUCUUCGACUGCAGGCGGAUCUCUCUCGCAUCCCAAGGCGCCCCCAAUUUUACCCGGAUUUCAUGGCGCCUAAUCCUCGCAUUCGAAUUUCAGAUACAAUCGAGGCCAUUGAUGAAGAUACAUACAUUGCUGAAGACGAUGAAGAUGAUGAGAGACCACCGCGACAGUAUUAUAAGAGUCAUAAUAUUCUUGGCCGGUUGUAUCGAAAUAUCGAUGAGCAGGAGUUCCUUGGGAAUCUCAGAAACGUCAGAAAAAUAGAGAAAAGCGAUAAGUCUGUGCUGCAAGCCAUUUGGGCCUAUGUUGCAAGUGAAACACAGGGGUUUCAAUGGGACCAUUUCGUUGAACAUAGCAGGUCCAUUCAGGAGAUAUAUGAAGACAAUCUACAAGAUAUAAUGAAGCAAUACUCUAAGACCCCUUGGAAGAGCUCUCUGACAGAGGUGGAGGUGUUUGUUGGGUCUAUUCUCGGCCAGAAUAGCAAACAAACAAAGCGCGACAAGGAGUCGUCAAAGAGCAUGCGAGACGCAUACCAAGAGUUGGUCAAUUUUACAAUAUCCAAGAUAGUGGCUCGAGAAUUGGGUACGGAGGACUCCCUUGAGCGUUCGGUUGCUUGCCUCUGGUCUGCUCUAUUUGAUGAUCACCACUUUGGGCAUGGCAGAAAAACGAAUAAGUUACUGAGCUUCCAGUGGAUAGCAGCAAUGGUCUGCUUGCAGGAGGUUGAUUGGCUCCAAUCAACAACUCUAUUUUAA